AUGGCCUCUCCUCACACAGAAGCAAAUGCAAAAGCUGCCCUUGACUUUUUCCUGAAGUUGAGCAAGGAUGAACACUGUGAAAGCAUCAUGUUCUCUCCUGUAAAUUUGGCAGUCGCCUUGAAAGUCCUCCUUUCUGGGGCCAGGGGCCACACAGCUGAUGAACUGCAAAAGGAAGCUCCUGAUUAUAAAUGUGAGAUGCCCGAAGGCAGCCAUAAGGAGUUCCACAAAAUCCUUGCUCAGCUUGACAAACCGAGCAGAAACUACGAGCUGAGCUUUGCCAAUCAACUCUACGGAGACAAGUCUAUUGCUUUUGUCCAGCAAUUCCUGUUCUGUGCAUUGAAGCAGUAUCUGACGGAGGUAGACAGUGUUGACUUUCACAAGGCUCCAGAAGAGGCCAGAAAGCUGAUAAACUUAUGGGUUGAAGUCCGGACACAUGGCAAAAUCCAGGACCUGCUGCCGGAGUUCAACGACGAGAUAACAUGCCUGAUUGAUCUGCUUCUGGUGAAUGCCCUCUACUUCAAAGGACAAUGGGAAGUCCAGUUUGACAAGGAGCUCACCAAAGAAAGCUCCUUUUACUUGAACGAGCUGGAAGAGGAACUUACCUAUGAGAAGUUAUUAGAGUGGACCUCUGAAACCUGCCUGAAGGUGGAAGAGGUAGAUGUGGCUAUCCCCAAGACCAGGCUUGAGAAGAGCAUCCCAGCCCUCAAAUUCUUGGAAGCUCUGGGCCUGAAUAAUGCGUCCAAUCCGGAAAAAGCCGAUUUGUCUGGAAUUACAACAACCGAAAUGGUGGCUGUGAGUGAGAUUGUUCAUGGAGUUGCCUUAGAGAUGGAUGAAGAUGGUGGAGGGGAAGCACCACAUUGCCCCAGAAAUAGGCACCCAGUGAGCCGGGCAGAUGUGCAGUUUGUGGCUGACCAUCCUUUUCUUUUCUUUAUACUGCACAAAUUCACCAACAGCAUCCUGUUCUUUGGUAGAUUGGCUGAACCGGAAGAAAACACAGCUUGCCAUUAA